CAGGCCAGUCUUGCAAUGCCUUCACGGCGUACGCCAUGUCUCACAUGGGCAGGGCAACGUCGGACAUGGCCUACAACCCGGCGGCUCCACCAGAGGCCUACACAAACCCAAGCAUCGACGCGCGCAUCAAUGCGUACACGGAGGUGGGAAGGGCGCUCCACGGGGAGACUUGGGAUCCAACCACCGCGCCACUCUCCGGAGAAGCCAUCAUGAGGGCGGGACAAGGGAAAAAGCACGGGCGGUACUUGAUCGCCAACAGCUUGGUCGACACGGCGAGUACGCCCAGUCUCUCGCAGCUUAGGGCAAGUACCACCGACUCGACCCCGCCCAUACGCCCACGGCCUGAGACUUCAGUGGCCAGCGUGCUCCAGAGACAGGCCGAGAUGGAGGCAAAGUUUGAGGAGGAGAGGAGGUGCCGAAUGGAGAUCGAGGCCAAGCUGGAGCAGGAGCGGAAGCUGAGGGAGGAGCAGUCAGUUAUGUUGCACAGCAUGGUCACCUGGAUGUAAGGACUUGGCGGACUUGGCGCGUCGAUGAACUAUGCGACGUCGCCUCCUCCCUUCGCCUUACCAGCUCAGCCUUACUUUCGUGCAGGACCUUCUGACACUCCCAAUCAGUCGUGGAACGCAUCGAACGACCCUCCUCCGGACCAGAACUCGCCGGCGGCCCCAUGGCAAUCUUGGCCACCCCCCUCCAUCUAACCGUGAGUGAUUUGUAGUACCCUACUGGACUUGCGAUGUGAUGGACUUGUAGUACCCUUGUGGACUUGUGAUGUGAUGCGAUGGACUUGUAUUCGGACUCUAUCUAUGUGAUGGACUUUUAGACUCGUUUUAUGUGAUGUGAUGGACAUUAUCUUGUGUUAUUUGUAUCGAUG